AAAAUAUCCUGUCACCGGUUUGCAAUGUUGUGGGCGUAGUUUCAGUUAAAAUCACAUUUUACCGAUAAUUUAAGUAGUUUUACUUCUCUCUAAAGACAAGAAUGUUUAAAAGACUCUUGAAAAAAGACAAUGACAAGCCUGCUGCAGCUUCAAGCACAUUCCAGCAAUCCAAGACAGAAGCUCAGGGAUUUCUUUGUCCAACAUGUAUGAAAAAUCUACCAUCUGCAGAUGCCUUACACAAACACUUUGAUACAGAACAUAAUGCCACUGCUCCUGCUGGUGAUUCUGGGGAGGGGUUUCUGUGCCCAAUGUGUCACAAGUCCUUGACCUCAGCAGAAGAACUUCAGACCCACUAUGAGGACACACAUGAACAUAAAGGAUCAGAAAACAGGGAUGGUGAUGUGUUUGCACUACGUAGAGAGAUUGAGGAGCUGAGGAAAGCACUGGCUGACCAAGCUGGCAGGCAUGGGAAAAAAUCUUCUAAACCAUUGUCAGAGGAGGAUCAAGAUGAACUGGAGAUGAUGCGAUUACAGCUGAAAGGAUCUGAAGAAGCAAGGACCUUAUUGGGAUCUGAGGUUCACCAUUUACAAACUAAGAUAGCUGAACUGUCGGCGGAAGUAGAUUCUUUGAAGGAAGAAAAAACUGUGUACCAAAAUAAAGCAGCUGAACUUGCAACAGCUACAGUGAAUGCCAAGGCUAAAGCAGAUGAAUAUGAGGGUCAGAAAGGUGCACUGGAAGAUCACCUUAAAUCAUUAAAAGAACAAAUAGAAGCUAAGGAACGGUAUGCCCAGAGCUUAGAGACUCAGCUGUCACAGAGACCUGGCACUGAAGAUGUUGUUGUGUUGAAGAAAGAGUUGAUAUCUGUACAGACGUUGAUGGACAAAGUGGCUUUAGAACAGGAGAAGGAGAAAGAGACUGUACAACAACAGUGUGAUAAACUCAAGCAGCAAAUAAACUUAUCUGAGGAAGAGAUUGCAAAACUGAAGGAAGACCUAGCAAAAGCUCCUAAAGAAGAUGAUAUUAAGAGAUAUGAAGAGCAGAUAAGGAAACUUGAAUCAGACCUUGAGAAAUCUCCAAAAUCAGACGAAGUUGCAAGACUUGAGACAUCAUUACAGAAGGCUGAGGAGCAGCUGAAGCUGUAUGAGUCUCAAACAAGCUCCAAAGAUGGUGAGGUGAAAUCACUGCUUGAGAAACAAGGCCAGGCCACACAAAAAUUGGAAGAUUUACAAAGGACCAUGCAAGAAAAGGAAUCUUAUAUAGCAAAAUUAAAAUCUAAGUUGGAAAAAUCUGGAAAUGAAUUGAAACAACUACAAGAUCAGUUUGCUACAAAGGAAAAAGAAAUUACUCAGCAGUUAAAUGAAAACCAAAGAAAACUUGAGGAAAAAGAUAGACAAAACAGUCAGUUGAAAUCAGACAAAGAGCAAUUAUCCAAUCAAGUGAAAGAGUAUCAGUCAAAGGAAGAAGAUGUCAGCCAAUCACUGGGCUCGACACAGAAGCAAGUGAAGGAAAAGGACAGCAUAAUUAAACAGUUAGAAAAUGACUUAUCUAAGUCAGGACAUGAAAAGAAGAAUCUUGAAAGUCAGAUAAGUUCUAAGACAGAGGAGAUAGGUAAAGCUCAGACAGAGAUAAAGGAGAGGGAUGAACAGAUAGAGAAGAUGAAAAGUGAGCUAGAACAGACUGUACUUGAGCUUAAACAAGCUCAGAACCAACUUGUCAUGAAAGAUGAACAGCUGAUACAUAUUCAAAACACCAUGCUGAAGGGACAGGAAAAGAGUGACAGCGUGUACCAGAAACUGCAGGAGAAGUCUGUAAAGAUAACAGAACUAACAACAGUGAUAGAUAAACUGCAAACAGAUAUAUCACAGCUUAACAGACAGCUAGAGGAAAAUGAUGCCAAGUUUACAGACACAGCUGAUGAACUUAAAAAGCUACAGUGUACUGUAGAAGAGAAGGACAAACUAGUGACGGCUCUUGAGAAAGAGAAGAUGGAAGCUAAAAUAGAAUUUCAAGGACAGUUACACAACAAGGAACUACAAAUUAAUCAAGUUACUGUCGAUUUGGAAAAGUGUCAGUCUCUGCAGGAGAAAGGUAAAUCUGAGUUGGAAGACUUGAAUAAACACCUGUCAUCUAUACAAGAACAAUAUGAGACACAGUGCAAGGAGAAUGAUGAAAGUAAGAGCCAGAUCAGAGAGUUGUCUUCUAAACUAGAAGAGGAACGCAGGCAGAUUAAACUGAGGGAUGAGAAACUCACUGAGUCUGACAGCCAAUUAAUAGCUUGUAAAAGUGAAAUACAGCAACUUGGUAAUGAAAGGACAGAGCUUAUUGCCAAGAUUGAAGCAGGAGAAGGUGUUGAAACAGCUAUAAACCAACUAAAAGAUGAAAAGACACAGUUGUUGUUAGCAUCAGAGAGAGAGUUGUUGUUAGCAUCAGAAGCAGCUAAAGCCAGUCAGAGGGCAGACCUUGAGGACCAUAUAAAAACCGCUCAAAAUAGUCUUGAUGAGAAAAAGUCAGAACUGAACAGGGUACAGCAACAAUUAGAAAAGGCACAUACAGAUAUAGCAAGUUUAAAGAAGAAAGGUGCAGAACAAGAGGAGUCACUGAAGAACCUCACUGAUAAACAUAGUGAGCUUGUACAGCAACAUACAGCCCUAGAUAGACACAUGAUUGAAAAGGUUUCUCAGUUGGAGGAGUUACAGCAGCAACAUACAACUGUUCAGGAAGAUUUAAAGACCUCUCAGAACACUGCUGAAGAAAGGCGUCUAGAACUUAUUCAAGUCCAGCUGGAUUUUACUCAUUAUAAAGAUGGCAAGGAGAGUGAAAUAAGUUCUCUGAAAGAGAUGGUCAGUAAACUUGAACAGAAAGAUGUCAGCACUACUGAAAAACUGAAGAGCAAGAGUAUGGAGUUUGAGACAUUGAAGGACUCGCAUGAAGAGACAAAACUGUCACUGUCACAGACACACAAACAGAUGGAAGAGUAUAAAAGUCUGUCAGAGGAACUCGAGGGCAGUCUAGAGAAGGAAAAAAUGGAUCGUAAAAACGAGAAACAAAAAUUGCAAGACCAGGUUGAGGCACAACAGAGAGAAUUAUCAGAGAAGACAGUUAAUGAAACACAGCUGACAUCAACAGUAUCAGAACUUCAAGAGUCAAUGUCCAGCCUACAGGAAGAGAAAACACAACUAAAAAAUCAAGUUUCUGUCUUGCAGGAGCAGCUACAAACACAGGUCGAAACAUUUGAGUCAGAGAGAAAACUUUCAACAGAUCAGUUACAACAAAAACAGUCUGAGCAAGUGCAAUUAAACGAUAAACUAGAGGAUGUACAAAAGGCAUUAUCAGGUACGCAAGAGAAACUGAGCAUAACAGAAAAACAACUGUCAGAAAAACUACAGGAGUUAAAUGCUGUUAAGGAAACAAAAAAUAAAAGUGAGAAUGAGUUCAGUGAACUGCAGGCUCAGUUCACAGUGACAACUGCUGAUCUUAAAAACACUAAAGAUGAAUUGAACACUCUGAAAAAUGAGGCUAAAUCUUUGAAAGAUAAUUGCGUUUUACUUGAAGAGGAAAAGGAUAAAAGUGCUAAAACACUUACACAUUGCCAAAAUGAAUUAGAAGAAAAAAGAAGUGCCAUAUUGUCAUUAGAAGAAAAACUGUCCAGUACACAGGGAGAUUUAGAAAUUACUAAGUCAGAGUUGCAGGAGAAAAAAUUGUCAUUAGAUGAGACGAACACACUCUUAACAAAAGUAAAAAGUGAGUCAGAAGCUCUGAACACUAAGUGUAAAGAAAGCGAUGAGAAAAUUGUCAUCCUUGAAAAAAGUUUGAAUGAAACAAAACAAGUUGGAAGUGAGAAAAGUAAUGACCUUGCUAAAAGUGAGGCAGAAUUAAAAGAAACGACUGAACAUCUGAAAAAUGUGGAAGAACAGCUUACUGUUUGUAGAGCUGAACUGCAGAAAACUGAAGAAAACUUAGCUACAGUUUCGUCUGAGUUAAAAGAAAAGACAGAACAGUUCAAUAGCUUGCAAGAAAAGCAGUGUAAACUGGCUGAGGAAUUAAAUGAAGCAACUGAAAGAGAGAGGGAAUUGAACAACUCAUUUGAUGAGCUCAGUGAGGUUCGUAAUGCUAUGAAUGCACAGAUGGUGAAAUUGGACCAAGAACUUCAAGAAGCUAGAGCAGACAGUGUGGAGCUGACGAAAUAUAAACAAGCUGCAGAGCCUGAAUUAGAGGAAUUAAAGAAGGUAAACACAGAAUUGAAGGCAAUGACAGAAUCUUUUGAAUCAGACAUUCGGAAUCUGAAGGCAAGUCUGGAAGAAGAGAAAAAAGAGAGACAACAGGAAGUAGCAGCACUGGAGGAAGCUAAGGGAAUUCUGAUAACACAAAAAGUGGAACUACAAAAUCAACUUGAUGGCAUGGAAGAUAAAAUUAAACAGGCAGAAGAAGCUGUGCAAGAAGCAGAGAAGAAGUCUGCUAGUGUUCAGCAGAUGUUGCGAGAAGAAAACUCAGGACUUCAGACACAGCUGGAUGAAAAAGAGAAGGAACGUGGGGAGUUACAGCGUCAACUUGAAGAGGAGAACGCGAGAACUGACCUCCAGUUAUCAGUGCUAAAUGAGAAUUUAGGAACUGUACGUGCAGAUCUUGUCUCGGCUCAACAACAAGUGUCAGAACUCACUAAGCUCACUGAUGAAUUAAAAGGAGAAAAAUUAGAGCUUGAAGCGAAGCUGGGGAACAGCAAUGAUGAGAGAAGAUUACUGCUAGACAGGUGUGUAAAGAGUGAAGGAGAAUGUGAGAAGCUGCAGCAGAAAUCUGUAGAUCUGAAACGGAAAGUGGAUGACAUGACCACUGCUUUACAUGAAAUGGGAAGAGAAAAUCAGUCCCUGCAGAUCACUACAACGAAGGUACAGAGUCGUAAGUGGGCAGAUGACAGUGAGGUGAAGGAAUGUAUGUUGUGUAGUAAGAAAUUCUCCGUCACUGCAAGAAGGCACCAUUGUAGACACUGUGGCAAUAUAUUCUGUCAUGAAUGCUCCUCAAGAGAAGCCAGGACGGCCAUGUCCAGAAAGCCAGUUCGUGUGUGUGAUACCUGCUAUAUAGAGCUUGUACAGGAGUGAAACAGCACUGUAGAACAAUACAGUUUGUGAAGAAGAUAUGUGAUACUAUAAUCCUGCCAUUAUCCAAGGAAUGGGAAUAUACCAUAUAAUUAUAUGCUUUAUUAGUAUGUAAUAUAUGCAAGGGUCUCAAAAAUGUUUUUAUACUCAAAUUGCUUUAUCAGUCAUGCUCUAAGAAUGUAGAGAUAAGAUAAAUCCAUUAGGUGAGGUUAUAUUACCGUCAUCCUACGAAUAUAAGACGCACAUAUUUUUACAAGAUUCUGGUCUCGAAGGACUGAUGUGUCCUAUAUAUAGGGAUAGAAAAAGACCAAACAUUUCCCCCGACUCAAAAAUUAAGAAAAUCGAUCUUUGUUUACCCCGCGUACCUCUAUAUUGAAGAGAAUUAAAGGGAAGUAAAUACCAAUGACUCGGGCAUAGCUAAUAGCCGGUAUCGGGACCCGGCAUCUUAAAUUACUUUUGUAUAAAAUGUAAAAUUUAGAGCUUGCGUAAAAAAGAUAAAUAAAUGCUGUUUUUCAUUAAAAUAUAUUUUACAACGCAUUUCUGUAACUGAUCAUUAAGUUUUUAACAAGACCUGUGUAAAACUUUCCCGGCGUGUUUUCACACAUUUUGCUUUAAAAUACUUGAGACUCCAUGUCAGCAAAGAGUUAUAAAAAUAAAUGUAUUUUAUACUUCUUUGAUAUCAGGAAGCCCGGAAAUCAAUUAUCUAAUCUUCAAACAUAAUUUUGAUAGUUCUGUUGUCUAUAAUCCUUUUGUUCAUCGAGAAAUUCAUGCCCGAGGCAUUACUUAUCUUACACCUACUGUCACAAUCUGCAAACAAUCGUUUAAUCAUACCCGGAGGCAAUUGUAAACUUGUGCAUGGGAGAUUUUAGACUGAUCCAAUAUGAUCAUAGUCGCUGAUCCGUAAAUAAUUUGCAAACCAGUCUUAAAAUUACGUCAUUUUACCGCCACGUGCCAAAGUGUACUUUUGUUUUCACUGGCGUCAAUAUUCAUGGAGUGGUCAGAGGAUGCGGCAGUUUAGUGCUUACACAGAGUUUAUGCUUUUCAAUUUAAAUACUUGCCACAACAUCCAAAAACAUCGACAAUGAUUAAGCAAAAACCGGCGAGUUUGUAGUAACUAUAGUGAAUUUCGGACAUAAAUUCGGAUAAGUGAUAAGUGGGUAUAAGCAUUUUUCCAGAAUUCUGCUGAAAUUCACUGCUUCUUAUACUCAAGUGCGACCUAUAUUUGGCCAAUUACGGUAUGCAGUGCAGCCUUUCUUGAGAAGGCACUUCUUGGGAAAGUUGUUGUUAAGAGGUUGUUAUUGAAUGGGAAAAGAAAUAGUAGAUGUCUUUCUGUUUGCCUUGAACUUUCUUAUGUACACUUACUGUGAAACCAUUUAAUUUCAAUAGCACCAAAUUUCUUACUUUGUUCCCAAAACAGCAGUUUCAUGUGAGAUGUGAAUUUGUGCAUUUCAACUUUUAACAUAAAAUGAAUGACAGUUUUACUUGUUUGUUUGGAUUUUAAUUUUGUGGAUUGCCCUUACAUCAGAAUCCAUUUGUUCGGAUAGGGGUACUUGACCUGUUUUUUUUUAGCUCAUCUGAGCAAAUAGUGCUGUUGUGAUUGCUCACCAUCCGGUAUCUGUCGGGUGUCAAUGCAUCUACACAUUCCUUUCAGCAACACCUCCUCUGAAACCAUUUAGUGGAUCUUGAUGAAACUAUGCCUGGAUGUUCCUUGGGUUGUCCUCUUCCAAAGUUGUCUAGAGCUAAAAAUAGAAAAAUCUUCAGAUGACGUCUGCAACUUAACAGCUGGUCCUUUUGUAACCCUCUAUCAAGAUUGUUCAAAUUAUCCUUAUUCAUAAAAAAACUUGGCCGCCAGUGGAAGUGGUCUCUUUUCCCUUUAUAUAUGUAUUGGAAACUUUAAAAAUCUUCAUGAAUGGCCCAAUUUUGAAAUUAUUUCAAACAAGUGGUCCUUGUAUGACCCUCUACCAAGACUGUUGAAAUUAUUCCAAUUUGUCAAAAAUCUUGGCCACCAGAGGGCAUUGUCACUUCCAAAUAUGUAGAUGUAAUGGAUCCUUAAAAAAUCUCAUUGUCAGAAACGGCGGACCCUUUUUAAAGAACAUAUGGUGACCAGGGGCCUGGUCACUUUUCCCUAUAUGCAGAUAUAAUGGAUCCUUAAAAAAUUUCAUUGUCAGAAACUGCGGGCCCUUUACGAAGAUUAUACAAAUUUACCUUUUCAAAAUAAUUUCACAGACAUUUUCCUUGCAUAAUUAUCUUCCAAAACUGUUCAAGCAAGCAGUGUAACUCGGGUGAGCGAUCAUGACCCUUUUGUUUACAUACUUAACACAGUUGUUAUUAUAUUCAUGUUAUAGUAAUUCAUCCAUAUGUAUUCAAGGUCAAAUAGUCAAUUUCAGUUGAUCCACUUUGAGCGCUGUGGUCCUCUUGUUUGAAUAUAUCUGUUCAGUAUUGUAAAGUAAGAGAAGCUUUGAUAAAGAACUAUUUUCUGUGAGAUGACAUUCUUCCUGAUCUCAUGAUCUUUGAAGGCAUGAAUAUCAAAUUAAAAAUAAAUAUACACCUGGGGAGAGUUAUUCAAGGGCUUGUUCAGUUUCUUUCACAAUGUUGUAUCCAAGACAGAUGAGUUUUUAUCGAUUUCUUUCUUUAAAGAAUUCAUUUACCGCCAGGAGUGACUUCAUUGAUAUUUACCAGACAAUUUGAAAAUUGCUCAAUUUAUGCUAUCAACCACAAUCUACAGGUUAAUACACUUUUUUGGCUUCUGUAGUUAUAAAAUUAACUUAACACGGAGAUUUAAGAAACUGUACAAAGUUGGUUGUGUAAUUUCAUCAAACUGUAGGUAUCAAAUUCAGGGGAGGGCACUACAAUUUGCCCGUGUCUGUCCUUUCCAUCUGACGAAAAUGCACAUAAUUAUAUCCAAUAGUUUUUUACAUAAAGGCAUGAAAUUUUAUAGAAAUAUUGUUCUUGGGUUUUCUGUGGGAUGUCUCUUAGUAUGACCAGCCCUUGACUUAACUUAGCGUACACAUAAAUAACCAAGAUGUUUGUGUUACACAUUUCUCAGAAAGAAUAUGACCUGGAGUAAAGAAAUUUUAUUGGUCAAAAAUUAAGUCAUUGUGUAAAAUUUAGAAAAAAAUAUUAAAAGGCCAUAUUUUGUAACCUGAUUUACAAAAUACUUGGUUAGAAUGUUUGUCGGAUAGUUUUUGUUCAGCAACUUAGUCACUAGGUCAAAUAAUAGAAAAUGCUUGCUAACACAAGAUGCAACAUUUUUACCCGAUUUACAUGAAACCUAAUCGGAAUGUUUCGUUUAGCCUGCCUGCUUAGCUCAGUCUGGGGUCACUCCAUCAAAGGUCAAGUUCACAGGGGCCUGAACAUUGAAAACCAUUUUUGAUCAAUAACUUGAGAACUGCUUGACCCAAAAUGUUGAAACUUUAUAGGAUGAUUGGACAUGUAAAGCAGACGACCCCUAUCAAUUUUGGGGUCACUCAAAAUCAAGGUCACAAGGGCUAGAAUUUGUCACACUUCAUUUCUGUUCAAUAACUGGAGAACCAUUUGAUUUAAAACCUUCAAACUCAUUCUGAAUUUUAAGACAGAAUGGUUAUAGCGAUAUCGAAACACAUGGGGUCACCAGGCAUCGAAAUAUUAUGUAGAUAGCUUACUUUUAAAGGUGAAAGUCGCCUUUUUGUAGGUUUACACAGGUUUUGUCCGAAGGUAAAUUUGCACAUUCCAA